AUGCGCCAAAAUGCAAAGCGAAGUAAAGAUCCGCACACUUACCUUACGUUUGCCAAACAUUUGAUUAAAAUAUCUGAGGGUUUACCUCAAAAAUUAGCACAUUUGAGUCCCAAACGAAUCCGCAAAAACCAAGAUGUAUUGAACCAAGAAGCUCUUAAAUGGCUUUCCGAAUCAGCUAAAAGCUCUUUUGGAAAAUUGGGUCUUCCCGAAGCACUGUUUAUUCUUGCCGAUUGCUAUGGUAGCGGAGCACUCGGUCUGGCAAUCGACCACGACAAGGCGUUUUCCAACUAUUCUCAGGCUGCAAAGCAAAACCAUCCUGCUGCUACAUACAGAGUCGCAGUCUCUUUUGAAGUUGGUGCUGGUACUCGUCGCAAUACUGAUCGUGCUAUUGAAUACUACCGUCGUGCUGCUAAGCUUGGCGAUACUGCUGCCAUGUUCAAGCUGGGUAUGAUUCAGAUCUAUGGUACUUUGGGCCAACAGCAAAAUCCUCGUGAAGGUGUGACAUUGCUCAAACGUGCCGCUGAACAGGCUGAUGAAACUUCUCCAAAUGCUUUGCAUGAACUGGCAAUCUUAUAUGAGGGUGAAAUCCCUGGGAUCACAAAUGUGAUUAUUCCUGAUCCUGCAUAUUCACACGAGCUUUUAACUCAAAGUGCCAAGCUUGGAUAUGCACCUUCACAGUAUAAGCUUGGAUUGUGUCAUGAAUACGGCAAUUUAGGUGUACCCAUUGAUCCACGCAGAUCCAUUGCAUGGUACACCAAGGCUGCUGAACAAGGCGACCCCGAUGCUGAACUUGCCUUAUCAGGUUGGUAUUUGACGGGUGCAGAUGGUAUUUUAAAACAGAGCGACCAAGAAGCCUAUUUAUGGGCUCGCAAAGCCGCUGACAAAGGGCUUGCCAAGGCCGAAUACGCUGUUGGGUAUUUUGUAGAGCAUGGUGUAGGCAUUCGAUCAGACAUGGACGAAGCACGGAAAUGGUACAUGCGAUCCGCUGGACAAGGCAAUAAACGAGCCAUUCAGCGACUCAAGGAUUUUGUGGUGCGCAAUCAACAGGAUGCCAACAAAUCAAUUGUGCGCAAUUUUAGAAAAACUGCCGAUUCCUCGGAUUGCUCAGUGAUGUAGAUACUUUUCUGAUUUCAAAGGCAUAAUAAUACAUUGGCUUUUGAAUCUGCUGCUGUAUCCUUUUUAAUAAACUCUACAUAUUAAAUGACAAGU